GUCAAUCUUUUUGUAAAAGUUGACAUUGGUGCUGACAUUGGGGCACGUUGCUCCGAGGUUAUAAUGUAUCGUCCUCCACAGAUCGCCCGUAUUUUCCUUCGAUGUAGUCAGUCCAACAGACAUGCGGUCCGAUGCAUCAGUAGCCGAAGUAGCCGACUGCAAACCUGGCACAGAAUAAGAAAAUCUACUGAUGAUGUGAGCACAAGACAUCAACAGUUGUUUCGCCAAAAGCCAGUAUGCUCUCUAAAGAGGUUUUACAGCGCAGAUUUGCCAACACACUACAAAAUCAGUCUGCCAGCGUUAUCACCCACUAUGGAGGCAGGCACCAUUGUAAACUGGCAGAAGUCCGAGGGAGAUCGGGUAGUGGAGGGGGACCUUCUGGCUGAGAUAGAAACUGAUAAAGCCACCAUGGGGUUCGAAUCUGUUGAGGAAGGUUACCUUGCACGAAUCUUCCUGUCAGCAGGAACUAAGGACAUCCCUGUGGGCAAGUUGUUGUGUAUCAUUGUGGAGGAGGAAGGGGACAUUGCAGCAUUUGCCAAUUAUGUAGAGACAGAGGAGGAUGCACCUCCAUCAACAGCUGCUGCCCCCACCCCUACACCAGCACCCCCACCACCCCCACCAGCAGCAGCCCCUGUGGUUGCUCCACCUACCCCAGCCCCUGUGUUUACCCCACCUCAGGCCCCUGCUGCUAUGGCUGCACCUGGGGGUAAGGUGCAAGCCUCGCCCCUAGCGAGGGAACUUGCCAGGCAGAAAGGCAUUGAUCUGACACAAGUACAGGGAUCUGGGGCUGAUGGUGAGGUGAAAGCAAAUGAUGUGAGGAACUUUGUCCCUGGUGGAGCCGUUGUGGCCCCUACAGCUCCAACUGCUGUUCCCGGAGCUGUUUACAUUGAUAUCCCUCUCUCCGCCAUGAGACAGACAAUAGCCAAGCGGUUACUCCAAUCCAAACAGACAAUACCACACUAUUAUCUUACAGUUGAUCUGAAUGUUGACAAUGUGUUAAGAUUAAGGCGAGAUUUGAAUGAAGUUCUGGCGAAAGACGACAUAAAAUUGUCUGUAAAUGAUUUCAUCAUCAAAGCAUCUGCCCUCUCAUGUCGCAAGGUUCCUGAAGCUAACUCCUCAUGGAUGGAUAAUUAUAUUCGACAGUACAAUGCAGUAGAUGUUAAUGUGGCGGUGGCCACACCCAAUGGUCUCAUCACUCCUAUUGUCUUCAAAGCAGACAUCAAGGGUUUAUCUGACAUCACUCAGGAUGUCAGUAGGCUAGCAGCAAAGGCCAGAGAGGGCAAGCUUCAACCACAGGAGUUCCAGGGAGGAACUUUCACCAUCUCCAACCUUGGCAUGUAUGGGAUAAAGUCCUUUUCUGCUGUCAUUAACCCUCCACAGGCAUGUAUCCUGGCAGUAGGUGGGGCAGAAAAGCGAUUGGUCGUAGACGAAGACAGCAAUCAAGGGUAUGGUCAGGCCAGCAUGAUGUCUGUUACUCUUAGCUGUGACCAUCGGGUCGUAGAUGGAGCUGUUGGUGCCCAGUGGCUUGCAGAAUUCAAAAAGUUCAUGGAGCGACCCGAGACCAUGCUCCUAUAAAGAAUAAUAUAGGCUAUUAAUUAAUAAAACAGGAAAAAGUGCUGAGGAAUGACGUGCAAUGAUUGGGACACGAAUAUUGAACAGAAAUAAUAGCAAUGCCAUAUAGUGCAUUUGUAUUUCUAGUUGUUCUACUCUGUAACAGUGCGUGGAAGUCUACAGCUGAGAGUGAACAAAUAUGAUCCUAGAUGAGUGCUGUUUGGUACUACAAACAUGUUUAUGUUGAUAACGCAACAAGAAGUACUGGGUACGUCUUCGAAUCUGAUGUCAGAUAGGAUUCAAGAUUUACAUAUCAUGGGACAAGGCUCAUUUGUUUGUGAUAUCUACUUCUUUGCAGAAUCUCUAGGUUUAUCUUGAUCCAAUUUGGAAUAGUGUUCCCUUUCGACGCCCUUUCUUUUAGAUACUGUAUACAUGUACAGCAUUUCUUAGAAAAAGAAUGGUUGGGGUACUGGUUUCUAAAGAAAACGUUUUAGUAGUUUUCCUUAGAAAAAGAAUGGUUGGGUACUAGUUUCUAAAGAAAACAUUUUAGUAUUCCUUAUUUACAUGAGACAAAUUGGCAAGCAAGUGACAAUACUCAACUAAUAUUUGAAUUUAGGGUAGAGGACUUGAUAUUCAGUAGCACCACAUCAAAAAAUACUGAUACGCUAAACUUUUGGUCAGUUCGAGCGAAAUAGAAUAAAUAUUGUUGAACCUGUUCAAUUUAUAUGAAUUAUGCUUCAGAAAAUAAGGAUUAUUUUGGGAUAAUAAUCUAUUUCUGUCCAAUUAUUUGGUGUAAAAUUAUAUACAAUAAUCAUGAUUUCUUUAAAAGAGAUCAUCUAUUCUGUCUUCAUAUAUACUGUAUUUUCUAUCUGAAAAUAGUCUUCAUAGAUAAUAACUGAUUAUAAUACAUUGUCUGUAUAAGGUAUAUAAUUCAGUGCAAGUAUUGAAUUGAGAAGUGGACAAUGUCCUGCAAAUGAAAUACUUGAGAUCUUUGAAAUUAGUUAGAUUCAGCCCUUUAUAAAGAGACAAUGGCUUAAACUUUACUUGGACUAGAUCUUUGAAAUUAAGAUUCAGCUAACAUUACAAUUUACAAUGGCCAGCUGGAAUUUCAAGGUUGUCUUAUCAGAUACUCUUUAUACUGUUCAACCUUUCAAUUAUGUUACAACAAAAGUAUUUUGGAAUCGUUCCUGUCUUAGAGUUUUAAUAUUGGCUGGCUAUGUUAUCAUGUCAAGCUAUUUGUUUUAAGUCUUUACAACAUCAUAUCAUCAAGCUUUUAUUUUCAAAUUUGGAGUUUCUCCAGACCUAUACUACUUAUUUGCUUUUGUCUUAUCAAUGGUAACAAUGGUAUUUAUCUCAAAUCAAUCAAUGCUUAUAUCUGUAAAAGCUGAUAUCAGGCAGCACAUUAGAUAUAAUUACCCCCAGAAGUGUCUAUAACAAACAUGACAAAGGUGUUCCAGUAUGGUAGUUAUGUGGAGGUACGGAUCUUUUUAUGUUAUUUAUAUGAUUAUUAAGAUGUUGGAGUGAGUACCAUAAUUAUGGUAAAAAUGUUAAAAGCAUUUAUAAAGGGACAUUGUUGUGUUUUAACCAUUCAUGUAUGUUUGUAAAUAAUUUAUUCAAAUUAAAUGUUGUAAACCUCUA